UAGUACCAGAGAGCGAGCAAGAAAGAGAGAGAGAGAGAGAGAAAGAGUGAGUGAGAGUGGAGCUCGACGAGAAAAGCCAGUUCUCCUCUUUGGAGUCGCGCCGUCACCUUCGAAGACAUCGCACAUCUUCAGGAAAUAAUCCCCAAGAGAGUAACUUAGAUCAUACGAGGAUUUCUCCUUUGGAAGAUGUCCAGGCCGAUACUGAGCAGGCCGCGCACCCGGGUCUAUGGCUGCAAUUAUGACAAGGGCGAGUCGUACUACAAGCCCAUGGUGGAUCAUCUAGACCGGAAGUACAGUGGAAGGCCUCUGUUUCCGGAGCCACGUAACAGCUUCGCCGAUGAGAUAGCUGCCCGCCGUAGCGACAUCGGAAGCCGUGACCUGGCCGGUACGCGCACCAGCUCCUUCGGCCGUGACCUAGACUUCGACCUCGACCCUCGACCCCGACCCCAAACCUCCACGGACUCCCUUGACGACGAGGAGACCGUCUUCGACAUCCGCGGGCAGCGCACCAGGCGCAAGUUCGCCGACGACUUUGCGUCCGAGGUCGCGGCCACGACUAGACGUUUCAAGGCUCGAGUAGCCGCCAUAGGAUUCGACGAGGAUUUGGAGAAUAAUCGCAAACCACGCUUCGAGCCUGAUGACAAGUUCCCGGACAGCUAUUCCACUCGGGCACGGACCGCUCUCGAGGAGGCCGACGCAGCCUUCAAAAGGAGAUCAAAGUUCUUAUCCGAGGAAGACAAGGCUGAGGAAAAGAGUGGCAUAACCAAAUGGUCGAAACUGGCUGGUCUGGAAGAGGACGUUCCCAGCGGUGCUGCUGUCAGGGCUAAGCAGACGAAGGCGAGGUUGAACGACCUGGAAUCUGAAAUGGAAGAGCUAGCUGAAAGGCAGGCUAAGAGAGAACAGAGGGUCGCUGCCCUUAGGGGAUUGGUGAAUGAGACAGCCCAAGCCAACGAGGAACAAUCCUUUAGCAGCAGCAGCAGCAGCAAGAAGUCAGCAGUUCGUUCGGAACGAUCCGAGAAACAUGUCAGCUUCUAGGGCCACGAUCUCCACGAUUACAUUAAUUCUACUUCGAAUUACCAUCUUCGAUUGUUUAUCUUCCGUCUGCCACUAUCUACGGUCCUGGUGUGAUUUUACAGGUCGUUUCAUGAAGUAUCGGAACGACCCAACCGGCCAUUCUGAACUCUCCUAGGCAAUUGAAUUCUCUUGGAGACAUCGUUUAUUGUUCUCUUCUUUUUUUAAAUUCCCCUAUGUACACCUCGCUGUGUGUUUUAAGAGAUAAAUAAAUAUUGCUCUCUACGUGUUA